UUUGUGAGUCGAAGGAGGCACAUCAGUGUGUCAGUGCGCAGACGACCACACGACUACCGACACGUUGUUUUUUUCAUAAUUUGUGGAUAUUUCUACCGCAUUGUUUCGAUACAGAGGACGUGUUUACACACGGACAAGUGACCCACAAAGUGACCCAGGCGCUGUCGCUUUAAAGCGAACACCUCCCCCUCCCCCCAAGUAUUGAAGCCCCCCCCCCCACCCCAAGUAACGCAGAUAACAUGGACGGAUUCUACGACCAGCAAGUCCCUUUUAUGGUCCCACCCAGUCACAAGUCUCACGUGGAGGAACCAUCACACAACAGGCCACUGAACGACAGGAAAAGGAAAUUUAUCGACACAGAACUCGCCCAGGACACAGAAGAACUCUUCCAAGACCUCAGUCAGCUGCAAGAGAUCUGGAUAGCAGAAGCCCAGGUACCUGAUGACGAACAGUUUGUCCCAGAUUUCCAGUCGGAUAGCUUGAUGUUUCAUGGCCCGCCACCAUCCAAGAUCAAACGAGAGCUGACUCGCUCCAAAGAGCUUUCUCCCUGUCGCCAGGACAGGAGUCCCAUGCCCUACGGAGAGAAGUGCCUUUACAGCUACAGUGCCUGUGACAGGAAGCCCACUCCAGGGUUCAAGCCAUUAACUCCCCCCUCAACACCAGUCUCUCCUUGUGGCCCCACCAGCACAGCAGGAACGCACCCACUGAGUGAGCAGACUCCCCCUCCUCACCCCCAUGUAGCCAAUCCAACUCCAGGGUCACGUCCGGUGCACGUACAACAGCCAAUAACAGCAAGUGCACGCCCUCCCAACCAGCAAGCGCUCCCAGUCCACAGCCACAGCCCGCCCUUCGCCGUGCCCUGUGCACCCAUCAGCCAGGAUGCCAACAACUUCACACCUGAGCACAGGUUCCAGAGGCAGAUGUCAGAGCCAUGUCUACCUUUCCCCCCAUCGGAGAGUCAAGGGCGCCCCCAGUUCUUGCCCCAGCCUCCCAGCAGCAGCAACAACAGUCUGCCACGUGACGGACGGCCUCCGUACCACCGGCAGAUGUCAGAGCCACUGGUGGCUGUGCCUCCCCAGGGUUUCAAGCAAGAGCUCAUCGACCCACGAUACACCGAGCAAGGCGUCCCCACCAUGGGCCCCCCAGGCCCCCCAUGUCAGACUGCUUUCCACCCCAUGGCCAUCAAACAGGAGCCCCGUGACUUCUGCUUCGAUUCUGAAGUGCCUAACUGUCAGUCAUCGUUCGGGAGAGCGGGGAGCUUCUACCAAAAUAACCAUGAAAGCUUCUCCUUCGACAGAGAUUCUCAGCUGUACUUUGAUGAUACCUGUGUGGUCCCUGAAAGAUUAGAAGGUAAAGUAAAACAGGAAGCCUCUGUGUAUCGUGACGGACCUCCCUACCAGCGCCGCGGCUCCCUGCAGCUCUGGCAGUUCCUGGUCACUUUACUGGAUGACCCAGCCAAUGGCCACUUCAUAGCCUGGACUGGUCGUGGCAUGGAGUUCAAACUCAUCGAGCCUGAGGAGGUGGCUCGUCGUUGGGGCAUCCAGAAGAACAGGCCGGCGAUGAACUAUGACAAGCUGAGCCGCUCGCUGCGUUACUACUACGAGAAGGGCAUCAUGCAGAAGGUAAAGGUGGCUGGAGAGAGGUACGUGUACAAGUUUGUGUGUGACCCCGAGGCUCUCUUCUCGAUGGCCUUCCCCGACAACCAGAGGCCCAACCUGAAGGCUGACCCGGACAGCCUGCCGGGGCUGGAUGACGACACUGUGCCCCUCACCCAUUAUGACGAAACCGCUCCCUACCUGCUAGACGCUGGGGAGCAGUGUGUGGCAGGCUUGCCCUUCCCAGACGGCUACGGCUACUAACAAGCAGCAGGGUCCUGACGCACAACACACACGUACACAAACACUCCCAAAGUCUCUCGGCGCCCACUCUUAAAAUCCAGCGCUGGACCAGCUGAGCUGCUUGGAAGGAAAACCUUGCACUCUGCUCCUUUAUGGUUCCCUCUCCCACUCCUUGGAAAACCUUCAUAAAACUCUGUAAGCUCCCCAGCUAAGAAUGAGUGAGGGAAGAACCCGCGACAGCUCUUCUACUGCACCAUCAUACGAAAGAGAGAGAGAGAAAGAGAGAGAGAAGGGAGAGGGUUGUGAAACCAGUGAAGGUGAACUGGACUCGGUAGCCCUGCCCACCUUACGCGCGUCCCAAAGUAAGGCAAGGGGCCGCUGUUGCUAUGGAGACCAAACGAAGCGCGGCCACGGCCCGCCAAAAGUAAAUGAACUGACAGACCCGCCCCUUGCCCCUUUGUACAAGACUGCAAGAGUUGUUACACUUCUGAUUUUGUGACAAUCUGCUUUUCUUAAAAACAAUCGAAUAACCAACAGAGUAAAAACAUUACUAAUCUAAUGAGGUAUUUGAGAUGCAGCAUUAUUCUAUAGUUGCCUUUUUGGGACCCCCCCUGCCCCGCCCCCCCAUUUCCAUGUCACCACAUCUGAACUACAAAAUCCGUGAAAGGGCUUUAAUUCGCAAAAAACGGAUUCACAAAACACACAACAUAUACUGAACCCACAAAUCGACGUGUUUUCUGUAGAUAGGACUAGAAUUUUUUUGUAACACGCCAGCUCUUCUACAGUUUUGUUGACUUUAGAGAACCAGAACUCUCAGGUUUCUGGGGCGUUGCUGUAUUUCGGGCUAGUUGGUUGGGAUGCUCUCUUGUGUAAAUGUUACGUUCUUUAAUCGUUCUGCCCUCGUAAGAGAUUGUAUCUGCUUCCCUUUAGAGACUGCACCCCACAGUAGGAGGCCACAGUUUAUACAGUACACUCCCCUCAUCUCUGUUCACCACUGCUGGGUCCUUUCUAUCGCUCAAGUUUAGAGAUGAUUAGCACUACACCUCCUACAUUUCAAAAGGGACACAUAACACAAGUACAUAUUUUCCCAUUGAUAAUUCAUAAAAGCCUAAGAAGUUAUGAUGUAUGAUAAAUGGUCACAUUGCUCCUUUUUUUUGUAUUUCUGUCUGGAUGCUUAAUGUUUCCUUGGCAGUGUACUAGUUCCUCUGAUGCACCAGUAUGGCAGGAGCAUCAGGAUGUUGCAUGCGAAAAAAAAAGAACCCUCUUUUGGACACCUCUCUGCCAAUCACAAGCUGUCAACAGGAGACCUCUGCUUCUCUUUGCAUGGUGUAAUCAGUCAAGACUGUGUGUCCACUAACAUAUCGCUUUACUGUCUUUGGACAAAGAAGAUAUUUGUGAUAUUCUCUGCAUUUUUUUUGUGUGUUCAUUAUCUCUGUUUCUGAAUGGGGGCAAAGACAAACUUAUAUAAAGUAUAUAUUUUUGCUAUAAGGCUGCAUUUGUUUUGAUUUUAAUGUAUAAGCUGUAUAGGUCUGGCUCUAAUAGACAUGUACCUUUUUAAAAACCAAUCUCAGUCCUUAUGAUGCUACUACUGCAGACUGUUUCUUUAAGAGGCCUCUGUAUUGGGUUGGAAAAUGGAGGAGAAGAUGUUGUUAUCAUGCCUGUAGAAGUGUGCCACGGUGAAGACACACAUGAUCAUGGCAUCCACCCCAGGCACAGGGAUCGUCUGCACUUGUACAGGCUUCAGCCCACUCCCCUCACAAUGUGUUUCUUACACUGCUGAGUUUAUAAUAAUCUGUACUGGGUACAAUAAACGGUCCCCUAUGCUUCA